GUAGCGAUUAGAAGCUUAAUCAAAUGAAUCACAAAAUUGUUGAAAUUCUGAGUGCUGAAGAAUGCGAAAAAAUCGCUAGAAAUACGCUUAAAUUGAAAAAAGAUGAAAGUAUUAAAAUUAAAAGUUAUGCCCUUGAAAAGGGGCCGAAUGAACUUGUAGGCUUCAUGGGAGAAUAUUACAAAUUGCACAUUCGAGUGCAAGAUGAGCGACUGGGAGCGAGUGCUGGAAUUAAAGAUUUUUGUUACUUUGUAAAAUCGGUGCCCAUAUCGAAUGAGCUGCACCGGGCUGAGUGCGAGCGUAAGUGUUUCUUCCGCAAAGAGGUCUGUGCCUAUACCGAGAUUUUGCCAAAUAUACAGAAAUAUGCUUCUACGAAAUUAUAUCCCGAGUGCUAUUAUGCCCGCAGAGAUUUGUUGGUGCUCGAAGAUCUCGUAACGCCUACUUUGGGUUAUCGGCACUUGGAAACAAAUGAGCUAUAUACGCAUAAGCAUCGAAAGUUAUUUCUUACACACUUAGCACAGCUACAUGCGGCCAGCAUUGCCUGGGAGGAAAGAGAGGGUAUAAAUAUUGGCGUAAAAUUCAAAGAUUCGUUGUUCGAACUGAUGCUGACCACUGAAAAUGAGUGGUAUAUUACCGGAGCGAAGGGUAUCAUUUUCCUCACAAAAAGGUACGAGAAAUUCCAAACACCCGAAAUACAAAAGUUGAUCGAUGAAAAGCUCUAUGCGCUGCUCGUAGAUGUGAAAAAGUAUACGGAACCCUCCGCGCGCAUGCGCAAUGUAUACUUGCAUCGGGACUCUUGGGAACGCAACAUUUUCUUCAAAUUCGACGCAAACCGCGAACCCACCUCCUGCUGCAUUGUGGACUUUCAGCUAAGCCGUUACGCGCCACCAGCCAUGGAUGUACUCUUCUUCUUGUACGGCGAAACGCCAGCUGAAGAAAGAAAACUGCGCAUGCAAGAAUAUCUGGAGUAUUAUUACGCCGAGUUGCAAGCGCGUUUCGCGGAGUUGAAGCUGCCACUCGACACUAUCACGAUGGAGGAUUUUCUGGAAGACUGCCGACGUACUCACCUGCCAGUGCUUAUUCUGGUGGCCAUUAUCAAGCCGCUGACGAUGAUGCCUGAUGGUUUGUCGCGCAAGUGGCGCGAGGAGGAACAGGAAAAGUUCGACUACUACAUGAAUGUUCAGCGCGAGGAAUUGUUCCUACGGCUAAUGGCGCUCGAUCCCACAUAUGAAUCGCGUAUUAUGUGGCCCAUUGAAGAGCUUAUGGAAUUUUUACAAAUAAAUGGAGAUUUGUUAGAUUAAGUAGACCUCUGAAAUUUUUUAGCUAAACUUAAA